AUGGGCCACGAUAAACAACAUAUCGACAUUGCCAUCAUUGGAGCAGGAAUAGGAGGGCUCGCACUGGCCAUUGGCCUUACCAAGCGUGGCAUACCUGUGACAGUGUAUGAAGCUGCCGCCGAGUUCUCAGCAGUCGGUGCCGGUAUAGGACUCGGACCAAACGCACUACAAGCAAUCGAUCUCUUAGAUUCGCGCUUCAGGAGCUUAUACGAAUCAGCAAGCACCGAGAACGAACGACCAGAAUUCGAGAACUCUGUUUUUGAUGCAUUGUACGCAGACGAGAGUCUGGAUUUUGGCGAGAAGAUUGGCUGGCAAUGUGGACUGGUUGGGGCAGAAUAUUUCAAGCGGAGCAGCGCUCAUCGAAAGGAUCUGCUCGAGAUCAUGAAGUCCCUGAUUACUCAAGACACCGUGAAGUUCGGUAAAAAGGUAGAUCAAAUUGAUAAAAUCAACGAAAAGGUGCAGGUCACAUUCCAGGAUGGCCAUACUAUUGUCGUUGACGCCUUGGUUGGAUGCGAUGGCAUAAAAGGCAUCACAAGGCGUGCGGUGCUGCAGAACGUAGCUCCAGAAGAAGUACCGGCAAAGUAUUGUAACAUGUACAUAUACCGCGGCAUUGUCCCAAUGGCAGAAGCGAAGAAAAUCUUGGCCGCCCACGCAGGGGACGCAAAGUGGUUCAUGUCGAAAGGAAAAGGCCUGGCGAUAUAUCCGAUUUCAAAAGGCAGAGAAGAGAACUUCGUCUUCUUCAUUCAUGAUCCGAGUCCCUGGAAAGGACCGCAAGAAGCUGUUGACUGUUCUCGAGAUGAGAUGAUCUCCGAUCUUGCUUCAUUUGACGGGCGUCUGUUGAAGCUUCUCAGCUGGGCGAAACCGCUGCGAUGGCCAAUUGUUCACCAUCCUACGACUCCGACCUACUACAAUGGAAAUGUAUGUCUGCUGGGUGACGUUGCUCAUGCGUCGUCUCCUGGACAGGCUGCUGGUGCUGGUCAAGGAUUGGAGGAUGCUGUCGUACUCUCACAUCUCUUAUCACUAGUAACGUCAACAGACCAGGUGCAGAAGGCAUUCAUGGCAUACGAUUCAGUCCGUCGGCCGCGGGCACAGAAGGUUGUUCAGACGAGUGAAGAGGCAGGAGAGAUGUACAUCUGGAAUGCUCCACGGAUCGGAGACGACAUGAGUAAGAUCGUUGACAACGCCAAUUCUCGACUUCACUGGAUCUGGCAGCACGAUUUGCGGGAAGAUAUAGCACGAGCAGAGAAUAUGUUCCGUGCCGAAGUUCAAGAAGAGGAUACACAGCCUCCGUCAUACCAUGAUGCAACGAUCAACGAUUUAGGAUCGGAACCGAACAGAAUAGCUGCAACUGCGGCUGGAAUGAUGGCUCUUAGAUAA